AUGUCAUCAGAGAAGACUACCAGUGUAUCCAAGUUAUUUUCAGAAGCUCUUAUUUCUAGGUUUAUGGUGUUAGACGAUCUUGUGAAGGGGUUGAUCUUCGGCGUGGGGGCGGUGUUUUUGGCCAUAUUCACCGCUGUGUUGUUCAUCAAGGCGACCUUGAUGAGCCAAGGUGAGCCAAAUACCACAGAAGUGGAGGAGAAAGCUGCAGUAAAGGAGUCCAGUGGGACUGCUACGGGUGUUGCGAAAGGUUCGAAGGAAGAACAAGAGUUACAUGCGCAUCUUCUAUCGAGGAAGGUUGUGCCAAUAAGGUCCAGCGCCGAUUAUGAAGAGGAGAUGGAGAUUUCGGUGAUGGAGGAGGACUAG